AUGCUACGCGAGACACCACCACCUGCUCCACGAGACACCACCAACUGCUACACAAGACACCACCACCUGGUGACACCACCACCACUACAGGAGACACCCACCACAACUACAGGUGACACCACCACCACUACAGGUGACACCACCACUACACAAUACCCCACCACUACACGAGACAUCACCACAACUACAGGAGACACAACCACAGCUACAGGUGACACCACCACUACACGAGACACCACCACUAUACGAGACACCACCACUACACGAGACAUCACCACAGCUACAGGAGACACCACAGCUACAGGUGACAUCACCACUACAGGAGACACAACCACUACAGGAGACACCAUCACCACUACAGGAGACACAACCAUCACUACAGGUGACACAACCACCACUACAGGAGACACUACCACCACUACAGGAGACACCACAACAGCUACAGGUGACACCACCACCACUACAGGAGACACCACCAACGCUACAGGUGAUACACCACUACAGGAGACACCAGCACCACUACACGAGACACCACCACCACUACACGAGACACCAUCACUACAGGAGACACCACCACCCCUACAGUAG